AUGGACAACACCAGCAGAGUCUCUAGAACAAAAUCAAACGGUCCACGGAUCCUCCCUCGUCCGACCGCGGCGUCAGCUGCACGCGCCGCCCGGAAUGCUACGAAUCGAAAUCUAUCGUUGACCCAAAAACAAUCACCAAAUCGUGCUCCACCGUCGCCGGUGCCUUCGAGGACUGGAAAAGCUAUUACGGAGCAUGUUACGCAUAAAAUCGAAUCAAUAUCAGAUAUGAAGGUUCAAAAUGAAUGUUACAUUGAACCGAUACAGCCAGAAUUAGACCGGUCAACUACGGAAUCGAUGCCACAGCAUACUGAGUCAUUUGUUAUUGAACAAAUGGUUACGGUAAAUUCUGAAGAAGAAAUAGAAUUGAAAAACGAACAAACCGCUCUUGAAUCUGACAAUAAAGAAAAUUCUUUGGAUUGUGAACCUGUACCAAAAUCUGCGCCAAAUAGCCGCCCACAAACUCCUAAAACUUUACAAGGCAGUCGGCCACAAACGCCAAGACCAUUAAGUCGUCCAACGACACCAUCGCUCCUCCAGCAAUCGUCGAGUCGACCGAAUACACCUCGGAGACCAACAACGCCUGUCAGGCCAAAAACGCCUAUUCAAACAACAAUUGAAAAAUCACGACAAAGUUCUCCUGUCACACAGGCUAGUCGGUUAAGCAAUACCAGACAAUUAGAUGAGAUUAAGUCUACUUUUGUUUCCAAACAUAAACAGUUUAAUAGCAUGAAAAAGGAUUUGGAUUUAAAACAGCAAGCUGUUUUGGAAGUGUUCCAAAACUUAAAAUCUCUAUAUGAGCGUUUAAACAAUGAAGGCAUAUCGGCAUGCGGCGAAGGGUUUCUACCACAAGAGCUUAUCCUUUUUAAUGUAGCUGAUUGGACUGCACAGGAAGUUGCACAAUUAUAUCGUGAUGCUAUUGCAUCUUCAACUCCCGAAAAUGCGUUGGAACUUCUAGAUGAAACUAUGCCUAUUGAUGAAUGUGCCUUAGAAAAAUUGAAUAGCAAAGUUAUGAAUGUGUCAGACUGUUUUACAAACUUAUGUCAUAAGGCUUUUGCUGCGCGUCAAGAAGUUAUAGAUUGGGUCAAAAAUUUGUUUGAAAAUCUGGAUCAAACAGACGGUGAUAUUUUGGAACAUUUAUCACGGUAUAACGAUCAAGGAUUUGAACUUUGUGGUACACUACGAGAAUUGAAAACUCAAGCCGAAGAUGCGGUCAACACAGUAACUGAUCUGUCAAAGCGAGCGUGCCACGAACGAAGAACCCUGAUAGCUGUGGGUGAGGCCCUGGUCAGGGAAGUUGCGAAACUACGACAGGAUGUUGAAACUCGUAACGUUAUGAUCGACGAGAUUCGUGAAUUACGUUCUGAAUCUGAAAAUACUAAAGCUCUUGAGGAAAUGCGGCACGAGUUAGACGAAGAAAGAACAGCGAAAUUAGCAAUAAAAGAAAAAUUAACUACGACUGAAUCCCAGCUCAGGCAGACGCGUAAUCGUGUCGCAAAAAUGGAUAAGCAAUUACGCGAAGCAGAGGCGAGCAUCACGAGUCUCACUGGUACGGUGAAAAUGCUAGAGGACCAGAGUCGUCAGAAGGAAGUGCAAUUAGAAGCUCGUGCUCGGAAGUUGAGAGAAUCGUUAAAAACUGGCGAAGUGACAACCUCUCAAUUAAUUCAGCAACGGGAUUCUCUACAAGCUGAAGUACUUGAAUGUAAACAGCAAAUUGAAAAACUAACAGUUCAGCACAAAAGCGCUAUACAGCAGUUAGAGGAAGAUCUUAAACAAACAAAACGUGCAUUGCAAGAGCAAUGCGAAAUUACUAAAAGAGAAAUUGAGCUGAAAGAAAGGACGGAGACUGAGCUUCAAAAUAGUAGAAAUGCUAUCGAAGAGUUACAAGCUAAGAUAAUUGAACUAGAGAAGAGUAAACCGAAUCCAGAUCUGCCGACCGAAAGAGAAAUAGAUCUGUGGGCAGAAUUGCAAGCUACUAAAGAAACAUUGCGAGUGACUGAAGAUGAAGUAACGACUUGUAAAAGAGAGAAAGUUCGAUUUUUGGAAACGCUUACAAAAAUCACAGAGUCCGAAAACAAAAUAGGGAUUCAACAGAAGCUGGCUGCUGAACUUUUAAAUAAAGAAGAAAUCAUUGGAAAGAUGCAAAUACAAACCAGAGAACUCAUAAAGAACAUAAAAUUAAAUGAACAAAAAGUUAUACAGUAUGAGCAAUACGUCCGUGAUUUGCAAGCACAUAAUAGGACAAUCGCCAACUGUCAAGAAUCGCCCAACGGCAUAAGCUAUCAGGAUUUACAACAAGAAAUUAUGGAUUUAAAAAUGAAACUUCUCGAUGUGGUUCAUCGUAAUGAGGAGUUGUCUGAAAUUCUCGCCAAGAAAGACCAGGAACUCGAACAGCAAGACAAAAAUUCACGAGGACAGGCAAGAGUUAUAAAGAUUCGUGAGGAACUAAUCAAUGUACUCAAGAACAAAGAAACGGAACAGAGUCGUGAACUUGCCGCUUUGCAACAAGACCUUGAGCAUCGAAUGAGGAUUGUAGAUGAAGUGAAUAAGCAGAUAGCAGCAAAAGCCGAUGAAAUUCAAGAGUUAUUUGCUACGCUGGAGAAUAAACAACAACAGAUACAUCGAUUGGAGAAGAUUGUGUUGGCUCUGGAAGAGCAACAACGUCGUGCUCAAGCACAGCGAACACGUCACGAGGAGAAAAUAGCUGCACUCGAACAUGAGCUGGCUGCUGGACUGAAUAGAAAAGAACGAAAAUUUUUAUUCUUCUAA